GUCGCGCCCGCCUAAGCCUUGCUCGCCAACUCAUGAGCAUCAGCGAAGUAGCGCAAGCUCGCGCUCUGGUCGAUGCCGCUCUUUCGACAUCAACGAGAGUGCACAGGAGUGACUAUCAUCGUCUCGAGGCCUUUCGCGCGCCAAAGCUCCUGCACGAAGCUCUUCUGAGCUGGUACGAUACCGUCAAAGAAACACGAUCGAUGCCAUGGCGCAAGGAAUUGUCUCGUGAACAGCUGGAUAAGCUUACAGUUGUGCAAAAGGGUCAGCGCGCAUACGAAACUUGGGUCUCUGAAAUUAUGCUACAGCAAACGCAAGUCGCCACUGUCAUCCCCUAUUACAACAGAUGGAUGGCAGCAUUCCCUACCGUGACCGACCUUGCACAAGCUGACAUCGAGCAAGUCAAUGCGAUAUGGAGCGGUCUGGGAUACUAUUCGAGAGCUUCUCGUUUGCUAAGUGGUGCAAAGAAAGUCGUUGGCGAAUUCGAUGGCGUCCUGCCCUCUUCGACAAAAAAGCUUGAGCAGGUCGACGGCAUAGGACCCUACUCCGCAGGAGCAAUCGCCAGCAUUGCCUUUGGCAAAGCAGUUCCCAUGGUCGACGGCAAUAUCCAUCGCGUUCUAGCGCGAUUCUUUGCGAUACAUGCACCACAGAUGGCAAAGCCGACCACCAAUGCAAUCUGGUCGCGUGCCAAAGAACUUGUGCCUGAUGACCGUCCCGGCGAAUGGAACCAGGCUUUGAUGGAGCUGGGUGCGACUGUUUGCACGCCGAAGAGCCCUUCGUGCGAUACAUGCCCCCUGUCUGCGUAUUGCCGCGCGAAUCUCGAGGUGCAUGGUUCGUCUUCCGAUUUCCACCAGACUGAAGAGUGUUUGCUAUCACAGGCUCGGGGAUGGGAGGCGCGCACCCAAGCAAUGCCAAAAAAGUCAAUCUUUUCGCUCUCACCGGCCCGUAAACGUGCUCGUAUCACCAGCUCUUCAGACUCAUCAGACACAGAGACCAGCGCAGUCGCAGAUAUAGAAGCAGAUGCAGCAUGCCCGCUUUGCGCUCCGAUAGAUCUCGUCAGCUUCACUGCGCCCAAGGCAAUGUCUACAAAAGCAGCAGGAAAGCAAAGGGACAGCGGAAGCGCGAAGACGUUCGAUGUGACGAUCUAUCCUAUGGCGAAAGAUAAGAAAGUCGUACGCAAGGAAGACACAGCUUGCUUGCUCAUCGAGUGGUGCUCAAGUGAUCGCAAUGCUGCUCCGGGAUCGUCUCGUGUUUUGCUUGUUCGAAGGCCAGACAAAGGUCUCCUUGCUGGGCUGUGGGAAUUUAUCUGCAUCGAUCUUGAGCCCAAUGCCCCAUCGGACGAAGAGUCUCGACGCGCCUUACUAGAGCCUACCAUUGGCAGAUUCUUACCCGGAUUCUUCGAGUCGCAACAGCCGCUCUCGCAGCCAGACUCUGAUGUCGAGCCAGCUGUACGAAUUGCGGAGAAAGGCUCGGCCACACAAGUCUACACACAUCAGACGCGGCAGUAUCAUCUGACCACACUUGUGAUCACUUCGGAUGUUUUGCCCCGGCUUGCAAAGGCGAGCAAGCCGAGCGCAAAGCCCGAAGAAAGUUCGAGUAAGCGUAAGAAGAAGCAAGCGAAUUCAGAAGAUGAAGCCGAUGUCAUUCCGGAGCUCAGAUGGGUCAGUCGUACUGAUCUGCCGACGAGCAACGUUGGAGGCGCUAUGCUCAAGCUAUGGGAUCUGUACAUUGGCGCAACAGAUUCGACGAAGCCAAAGCCAGCGGCAAAGCAAAAGGCAAAAAACCACCCUCACUUUCUCGCAAGGUUGAGCGAGAACGGACUACAAGCAUCCAAUAAGAAGAAGUGUUGUGUGUUGCGGUAUUAUGACAUCUCGACUUGCGUGAUGGCUGACAAAGCCGGGUAUGAAAAAUAG